AUGUCUUCCAUGCCUCCAAUAACAUUUAAUGCGAUUGGCUAUUUAAAGUCUUGUUUUGUCGAGAAAAAUGGCUCACCGCGCCAACCAUCAGUCUGUCGCCAAUCCCGAGCUCAACUUGCCAUUGAAUCCAAUUUUACCAACCCUCAUCAUUCACUGAUGAGUUUACAACAAUUCUCUCAUGUCUGGUUAAUUUUCCUAUUCCAUAUGAAUGAAAAUACCCAUGUACGAGCUAAAAUUAAGCCUCCCCGGUUAGACGGGGAAAAAAUUGGUGUUUUUGCAUCGCGCAGUCCUCAUCGUCCUAAUCCUAUUGGCUUAACUCUAGCCAAACUAGAUAAAGUCGACGGUAACAUCAUCCAUCUAUCGGGCAUUGAUAUUGUUGACGGCACACCAAUCCUUGAUAUUAAACCAUACAUACCAGAUUAUGAUAAUCCACCAGCCGAUCAAGAUAUUCAAUUAGCAUCUUGGCUUACUUUACCUCCAGUAAAACCGCUCACUGUACAAUUUACUUCACAAGCGGAGGAUGAUUUACAACAAUUCUUCCCAAGCGAGAAUAACACUAGCCAUUCCAAAUAUCAGCUGCAAUUAUUAAAAGAUAGCGAUGAAGCACGAUCGGUUAUUCAUGAUGUUGUGGCAUCUGAUCCGAGAUCGACGUAUCGAAGAAAUAAAUGCACGGAUGAAGUUUAUCAUUUUACUGUUGAUAAGUUGAAUAUUAGUUGUAAAUUUGAAAAUGAAGUUGCUAUUAUCACACAGAUUGUUCCAGUAGAUGAUAUCCAACAUUUACGAGAUAAGUUUAUGAAGAAUGCCGGUAGUCAUCAAUAA